AUGAGUUUAACUAGAGAAACUAUAUUAUAUAAUCAAGAAAAUAUUAAAAAAAUACAUAUUAUUCCAAGUGUUUCAAAUGAUCUAACAUCAGUAACGUUUCAAAUUAUCAAAGAAGACCAUACACUAGCAAAUGCUUUGAGAUACAUAGUUAUGAAGAAUCCUGAUGUAGAAUUUUGUGGAUAUUCAAUUCCUCAUCCAUCAGAACCAACGCUUAAUUUUCGAAUUCAAACAUUUAGAAACAUUUCUGCAGUCGAUGUUUUUAUUAAAGGAUUAGAUGAUCUUGUAGCUCUUUGUGAUCAUGUUGCAGACACUUUUCAGAAAAAAUUAAAUAUGAACAAAUAUGAAAAUUGUCAUAAAAUGUUCAUAGAAAUGUAA